GUCCGAAACACAUAUGUGUCUCUGUAUUACCAGCUAUGCAGUUGUGUGGUAUAUCCUUUCUCUUGGGCCAACCAACGACACCUUUAUCAUCUUUUGUGUGUACAUAAUGCAAACUGCUUGGUUUUCUGUUUGUGACUGUCAGAACUUACAUGGGCUGUGUCGGGCCGGCAACCACUUGCAGACUUGCGCUUCUUUAUGAGGCAACGGCAGGACAUCGACAAGCACAUACCGGAGACGUCCCUGCUGAAGCGCGCCAUAAAACCUGUAGUUUUCACGCGAGGACGCGUGAGCUUUUCUCUGGAACCACUCCCUCAUCCUCUAGAGAAGGACCCUAACGAGCAUUUCAAGACCACCCAGCGUCUAGCGCCUUUUGUUACAGACGUUAUCAGACCUCCAGAGGUCCCUGCAGCUACCUGGGCGACAGUCUUCACAAAGCUUGCGGAUAUGGAGCUGAGUAAUCUCAGACAACUUCGAUGUAAAAUUGAACGUGAUAUGUGGAUGGACACGGCAGUUGACAUGCUCCGUGUCAUUACCCUUGCAAGCCAAACUGCCUCGGAAGCGACAAUUGUAGCGCUUCAAUACCCGGCUUCGCCUGAGGUAAUGGAGUUAUCUAACGCAGCAAGACGCUUGACGAGGUCAGUUGAUCUUACGUGUGAAAUGCUUGGUGUGGCUCAUGAAGACGGAGCGAAACUUAAGCAAAUUCUAGCAGCCUACGUGUCUGAGAACUCGCGGGCAAUCAGAGAAGAAUCGGCAGGACAAGAUGGUCCUAAAGAUCCCACUGAGAGACUCUACACAGUCCUUCGCGAUACCGUUCGAGCAACGCAACAAAUGGAUCUCGCGCAGGUGCUCAUUGACGCCAUGGCAGCGGAUGAAGGCCUCUUUCACCCUCCCUCCCGGCUUGCCUCACCCGGAAUUCUGAGGACAUUCUUGGAAUCAUACCACCCAGAAGGGGAGGCCGCAGCAGGGCAGACAGGCUUGACAGGCGCCACACAGCAAACUGGAGAGGCUGUUGCUGCGUUACAAGAAGGUCUGCUUGGGACGCGGCGCGAACGAGCUCGCGCUGUGAGCGAGGCAGCCGAAGCAGAGGUCGAAGAGCCGGAAUCCGCUGGAACCGAUGGCCGUGACACUUUCGCUCAUAUGCUGGAAGAACUCGGAGGGACUGUCUUCUUCAGUGGUGGCAAACGAGGACAGAAAGAAGAGACCUCCGAGCAAGCGCAGUCACUGCGUCCUCUACACAGGAGCCCGGAGGAUGGAAAGGAACAGAGUACAAAAGAGGGACAAAGCGGGCAAGGACACGGCGAUGGUACAGGGGUUGUAGGGUUGUCCGUAGCGCACGAAUCGGUUGUCUCUGCUAUGGCGAGUACUCCUUGGGUUCCGCUUGCGGAUGAUCAGCUUGGCUCUUCUCCAAUCAAAAAAGCUCGAACAGAUGAGCCUCUGCCAGAUGUGGGAGAACAGAAGGGAACCGCAAGCUCCAGCGUCGCAGAUUACGUUACGCCACUGCAUAAGGAGCAAGCUCAUCGGGCGGGUGACGACGAUGAUUUCGACAGUUUCGAUAUUCCGGCCGAGUGGAUUUUUGACUCACUGAUGGCGCUGGAAGACGACGAUGCCGUUGCGGCGCAAGACGAGGGUACACGGGCCCCAGCAGUUCUUCCUGCGCUUUCUCUUCUGGACGACGACAGCCUCCUGGAUAGCAUGGUCGCGCUGCUCGACGCCAGUGAAGAAGAAGUGACAGAAAACGACGACGUUCCGGAGGGGGCGACAGACUAAGGCUGAUGCCAGAGGAAGCAAGUUUUUUACCUAGGGGUACAACUGGCGCAUGGAGCUGCUGUCGGUACGUUCGCUGGUGAGUGUCCGUCUCUGUGGGGGUGGGUGGUACCUGCUGUAGUCUCAGGGCGUUCGAAUCCAACUUCGAGUAACACUGUCCUCAGCAAAUCUGCUUUCGGGUCGCGCUUUCGUGGCUAAAGAUGUAUGGCUAUGUAUACUCAUACCGCGAUACAACAGGAUGGGAAUACUGGGAUGCGGAUAUAAUCGACAGAGAGCAGGCUGAAUCUGCCGAGAUAUCGUCACUUGAAAACCGCAACAAGGGCACACGCAAGGAUAUUCACACUGUAUAAACUGUCACGCGCGUCAAGGGCAACUUCUGCUGCAUUCAAUGGGACAAACCUCUAACUGCGAUGUAUUCCGCCGGAGACAAGAGACGCUCGGUGGGCAGAUUUUCGCUGUACAUGGAUUCCAUUUCACUGACGCGAGAAACAUCGUUGACAUGGUAGCUAACAUAGUCGCGUUAAACCCCGCUCGAUCGCCG